GAACAGGGGUUUGGAGAUAGAGGCGUUAGCUCACUCAGACACUGGGUCAAGUUGACGUCUUGGUUUGAGAACGGGGUGCUGUGGUUUAUGGAAACGGGAGAUGAGAGAACAGAAGCUGGGUCUAACAAAGCUCUGUGUUGCCUUCUCCGUGGAAACCGUGAAAGCUGAGCAGAGGAAUUGGAAACCCAGGCAGAGGGCUUAGGAACGCUUGCUGGGGGCUGGGGAAGUCGUACGUAGCUUCUGGGGUUCAAUGCUGACUUAGCAUGCACAAGGCUCCAGGCUCACUCUGAUAGGUACACUGGACACUGCCCACUACUGCAGUUCAGCAUGGGCCAGACCUACGGGCAGGUGACCCGUCAGCUACUUCGAGGCCCUCCCGGCCUAGCCUGGCCUCCUGCCCACCGCACACUUCUGCCUCCCAUCCAGCCUCCAAGAUCUCCUGUGAUUGCCAGGGGGAGGCUACCUCCCAGGCGCGGGCAUGAAAGACUCAGCUCCAGCGUUAUCCCGGGGUAUACAGGUUUUAUACCACAGGCACAGUUCAUUUUUGCCAAGAACUGCAACCAGGUUUGGGCUGAAGCGAUGACUGGUUUUACACAAAGGUGCGGGCAGCAGGAGAGUCACGAACUGUCCAAGGAGGCCAAGGGAGGAGAGGUGGAGAGAGAUGAGGGGCUGGAAGCAGAGGAGCUGACACAGGAGGAGCCGCAAGUUUCCCCCUACUCCAUGGAUGACACAGAUCCUCAGAAGUUUUUCAUGUCAGGCUUCACCGGCUAUGUACCCCGUGCCCGCUUCCUCUUUGGCUCCAGCUUCCCUGUGCUCACCAACCAGGCACUGCAGGAAUUUGGGCAGACGUGCUCACGGGGCAGGGUGCAGAAGGAUCCCAAACCUCUUUCCCCACUCCCCAGGUCCAACUUCCAGAACCUGGGUCUCCUCCCUCACUAUGGAGGCUACGUGCCAGGGUAUAAGUUCCAGUUUGGCGGUACAUUUGGGCAUCUCACCCAUGAUGCUCUGGGCCUCAGCACCACUCAGAAACAGCUCCUGGCUUAAGUACCAUGCUAUCCCAGUGAUCUUUUUGGAAGGAAUAGAGGCGGGUAGGGGGAGGGGCACAAAGAAAAUGGUUUGGAGGCUGAGCACCUUUUUAUUAAUAGGUGUAAUAAAUAAAUAAAUAAAUAAAUACAUGAACAGAA